UAAAACAUGAGGGAUUAAUUUAUCCAAUGACAGCGCUUUACUUCAUCCUGAGGAGGGAGAAGCGCUCAAUUUGAAAUAUUUGAGUUAGUGCGAGGAAGAAGUCUGUCUGUUGCUGCCAUUAUUUCCAGCGCACCGCCACAUUUUGUGAAGAGAAACAAGGUGACCACUUCUUAUUCAUUUCUCUGCCUUGCCAGUUAGCUUAGGUGACUUUAGUUAGGUUAGGUUAAGUUAGUUUGGUUUGUGUGGUUAGUUUUUUUUUUUUUUUUUUUUUUAUGUAGGAAGGAUACUGGCCAAGGGCAACAAAAAUCUAAUAAAAAAAAUGCCCACUGAAAUGCCAGUCCCAUAAAAGGGUGAAAGCAGUGGUCAAAAAUUGGUGGAUAAAUGUCUUGAAACCUCCCUCUUGAAGGAAUUCAAGUCAUAGGAAGGUGGAAAUACAGAAGCAGGCAGUGAUUGGAGUGAUAGGACAAGAUAAAGAUAUGAGAUUGUGAUCGGAGGAGCCCGACGGAGAAGAAAGGGUGACAGCAUAAGCAGAAGGAUUAGAGGUCAGGAAAAGGUCAAGAAUGUUGGGCGUAUCUCCAAGACGGUCAGGAAUACGAGUAGGGUGUUGUACCAAUUGCUCUAGGUCAUGGAGGAUAGCAAAGUUGUAGGCUAGUUCACCAGGAUGGUCAGUGAAGGGAGAGGAAAGCCAAAGCUGGUGGUGAACAUUGAAGUCUCCAAGAAUGGAGAUCUCUGCAAAAGGGAAGAGGGUCAGAAUGUGCUCCACUUUGGAAGUUACGUAGUCAAAGAAUUUCUUAUAGUCAGAGGAGUUAGGAGAGAGGUAUACAGCACAGAUAAAUUUAGUAUGAGAAUGACACUGUAGUCGUAGCCAGAUGGUGGAAAACUCGGAAGAUUCAAGAGCGUGGGCACGAGAGCAGGUUUGGUUAAGUUACGUUUGGUUAGGUUAGGUUAGGUAGUUUAGUUAGGUUAAGUUAGUUUGGUUAUGUUUUAUUUGGCUAGUUUAGGUUAAUUUAGUCAGGUUAGGUUAGUUAGGUUAAGUUAAGUUACGUUUGGUUAAGUUAGUUUGGUUAGGUUAAGUUAGUCUAGGUUAGGUUAGGUUAAGUUAGGUUUGGUUAGGUUAGGUUAGCUACUUUAGUUAGGUUAAGUUAGCUAGUUUGGUUAGGCCUCUAAGGUGGAGGUUGAGCGGAAUGAUGUCGCUUUGCUCCGGAGUGGUGAAUCUGCUCCACCCGGACCCUCGUUGCUGGAUCCACUUGUUGCGGUGGAUUGUUACCCUCUAAUUUAAUUCAUUCCCAUCACCACUAACCUUGCUGUUGGAAUGACAGUUCCCACAAACACUCCAUUUAAAUUCAAAUUAUGUUGAAAGGCCGGGGAUAAAUGUGAUUUCUCUCUCUCUCUCUCUCUCUCUCUCUCUCUCUCUCUCUCUCUCUCUCUCUCUCUCUCUCUCUCUCUCUCUCUCUCUCUCUCUCUCUCUCUCUCUCUCUCUCUCUCUCUCUCUCUCUCUCUCUCUCUCUCUCCACCUCAGUUAAAUUGUCUGUGUGCAUGAUUUGGUUAGCCUUAGAUGUUAAUGAGUUAGGUAUUCUGUACACAGCAUUAAUACUGUGAUAACAUUUUGAACAGUAAGUAUUCUGUACACAGCAUUAAUACUGUGAUAACAUUUUGAACAGUAAGUAUUCUGUACACAGCAUUAAUACUGUGAUAACAUUUUGAACAGUAAGUAUUCUGUACACAGCAUUAAUACUAUGAUAACAUUUUGAACAGUAAGUAUUCUGUACACAGCACUAAUACUGUAAUAACAUUUUGAAUAACUAUACUGGGGAAAAACUGUGUUUGUGUCCUUGACGACCCAGUGAAGUGUGGGUGGGUGACCCAACUUUGGGCUGUGACCCAAGGGUUAAGAACCACUGACCCAAGGUGAUGCACUCUUCCAGGCACUUGCUGUGAGAGAGAGGGGAGACCUGUGCACCGCUGUGCUGCACUGUGCUUAGAUGUCCCUGGUUCACUCCUGAGGCUGUACCAUUCUUGCCCCUAUUACCAGGCCAGCAUCCAGGCCGCCGCCCUGCCUGGCACUGACGGCUGUCUGGCUUCCCCGAGGGUCCCUGCAGGACUGGACGCGGCGUGUGCUGGCGGGAGUGGUGCUGCGGUGGAGGUCGUAAGGCCGGGCAGCAGCAUGAGCGGCCGGCGGCGGCGGCAACAGCGGCAGCAGCAGCAGCAGCAGCAGCCAGCCUCAGGUGUGGGGUGGUGCAGGUGUGGUGGCAAGAAUCACCUGGAGGCAGGCAGCUCUGUCCACAGAGGAGAGAGCAAGUUUGAGUGCCAGCAGUGUGACAAAACUUUUGUAUCCAGACAAGGCCUUAAGUACCACACCCUGACACACAGUGGUGUUAGAAAUUAUGAGUGUGGUGAGUGUGGGAAGAAAUUUAUCCGCAAGUCUCACCUCACCAGACACACCCUGACACACAGUGGUGUUAAAAAUUAUGAGUGUGAUGAGUGUGGGAAGAAAUUUAUCCACAAGUCUCACCUCACCAGACACACCCUGACACACAGUGGUGUUAGAAAUUAUGAGUGUGAUGAGUGUGGGAAGAAAUUUAUCCGCAAGUCUCACCUCACCAGACACACCCUGACACACAGUGGUGUUAGAAAUUAUGAGUGUGAUGAGUGUGGGGAGAAAUUUACCCACAAGUAUUCCCUCACCUCACACACCCUGACACACAGUGGUGUUAGAAAUUAUGAGUGUGAUAAGUGUGGGAAGAAAUUUACCCACAAGUCUUCCCUCACCUCACACACCCUGACACACAGUGGUGUUAGAAAUUAUGAGUGUGAUGAGUGUGGGAAGAAAUUUACCCACAAGUCUUCCCUCACCUCACACACCCUGACACACAGUGGUGUUAGAAAUUAUGAGUGUGAUGAGUGUGGGAAGAAAUUUACCCACAAGUCUUCCCUCACCUCACACACCCUGACACACAGUGGUGUUAGAAAUUAUGAGUGUGAUGAGUGUGGGAAGAAAUUUAUCCGCAAGUCUCACCUCACCAGACACACCCUGACACACAGUGGUGUUAGAAAUUAUGAGUGUGAUGAGUGUGGGAAGAAAUUUAUCCACAAGUCUAACCUCACCACACACACCCUGACACACAGUGGUGUUAGAAAUUAUGAGUGUGAUGAGUGUGGGAAGAAAUUUACCCACAAGUCUAACCUCAACACACACACCCUGACACACAGUGGUGUUAGAAAUUAUGAGUGUGGUGAGUGUGGGAAGAAAUUUACCCACAAGUCUUCCCUCACCACACACACCCUGACACACAGUGGUGUUAGAAAUUAUGAGUGUGGUGAGUGUGGGAAGAAAUUUACCCACAAGUCUUCCCUCAACACACACACCCUGACACACAGUGGUGUUAGAAAUUAUGAGUGUGAUGAGUGUGGCAAAAGAUUUCCUACCAUUUCUCGUCUCAAUAAACAUACCUUCAGACACACUGGGAUGAGGGAGUUCGAGUGUGAUGUUUGUGGCAAGUGUUUCAAGACAAAGGCUGAGAUUGCCCAGCACGUGAAGAUCCACUUCUGAGGUGGUGGUGUGUGGACACAUGGGGCCACACCUGUACCCGUGGUGGUGGUGGUGGUGGUGGUGGUGGUGGUGGCUGUGCCUGUGUGUGCUGUGAGGGAGUCAUGGCCCCAGCAUUUUUGUGUGGUGGUGGUGGUGGUGGUGGUGUGGGGGAGUCAUGGCCCCAGCAGUUUUGUGUGGUGGUGGUGUGGGGGAGUCAUGGCCCCAGCAGUUUUGUGUGGUGGUGGUGGAGGUGGUGGUGGUGGUGGUGUGGGGGAGUCAUGGCUCCAGCACUUUUGUGUGGUGGUGGUGUGGUGGUGUGGGGGAGUCAUGGCCCCAGCAUUUGUUUUUUUGGCAGUGCAGGUGUGACUUUCAAUAAAUGUGUGUGUGCGGUAAACCUUUGUUUGUGUAUUCACCAGGUGUAGUAUACAGGGCCUCAGCUACAGGAAUAUAUUGUAGUGAGGCAGCCCCUCUCUCUCCUUGCCUCAAGUGUUUGUGUAUUCACCAGGUGUAGUAUACAGGGCCUCAGCUACAGGAAUAUAUUGUAGUGAGGCAGCCCCUCUCUCUCCUUGCCUCAAGUGUUUGUGUAUUCACCAGGUGUAGUAUACAGGGCCUCAGCUACAGGAAUAUAUUGUAGUGAGGCAGCCCCUCUCUCUCCUUGCCUCAAGUGUUUGUGUAUUCACCAGGUGUAGUAUACAGGGCCUCAGCUACAGGAAUAUAUUGUAGUGAGGCAGCCCCUCUCUCUCCUUGCCUCAAGUGUUUGUGUAUUCACCAGGUGUAGUAUACAGGGCCUCAGCUACAGGAAUAUAUUGUAGUGAGGCAGCCCCUCUCUCUCCUUGCCUCAAGUGUUUGUGUAUUCACCAGGUGUAGUAUACAGGGCCUCAGCUACAGGAAUAUAUUGUAGUGAGGCAGCCCCUCUCUCUCCUUGCCUCAAGUGUUGUGUUUGUUUCUUUUUGUCUCUCCUUCACACGUUAGGUUAGGUUAUGUUGUCUGUGUGCUUGUUUGGUGAUGACUGGCCCUGCAUCACUGUGCCCUUGUCUUUACUCCUGCACUGCUGCCAGCUGUGCCCUUGUCUUUACUCCUGCACUGCUGCCAGCUGUGCCCUUGGUCAUGAUGAUGAUGAUGAUGACAUUUGAACAUUUCAGGACCUUUUGUUAUUUAUUUUGUGAUUUGAUACUUUUUAUUAAGUGUUUUUGAUAGUUUAAGAAAGUUUAUUAUGAUCUGAUGAGAUUUGUUGUUUUUCAUAAUUUUUUGGCUACAACUUUCUCUCUCUCUCUCUCUCUCUCUCUCUCUCUCUCUCUCUCUCUCUCUCUCUCUCUC